AGAAAAAGAAGCAGAAGAAGAAGAAGCCGCUAUCGUUGACGUUGACGGUGAUUCCUUGCACUUGAUUCCGUAAGCAGUGAAAUGUUUGAAGAAACGGAUGAUUUGUGUGGUGAUUCAGUGGAUCCGCGGGAUUAUGGAGUGGACUUCCUGGACAAAGAAGUUGGAAAUGACUGGAAAUCUGCGGAGAAAGUUGUGGAGCUGCUGGAAAAACUGAGAGAGGAGAACAUAGCUCUGGAGGAACAGGUUCUGACCGUGUCCAUUUCCGGACCACCGAAGGUUUCAGCAGCUUUGUCUGCUGCAGACGAGGCCAGGUGUUCCCUGGAGGAGCUGCUGCAGAGAGAGCAGCUCAUCUCCGGCAUGCUGCAUCAGCACCUCCAGGGGGCGGAGCUGUGGAUGGAGGAUCUUGGCCAGACCUGCAGCCAGGUGGACUCUGUGGAGAGACACAUGAAGUACCUGCAGUGUCUCCAUCACAUAGAGGAGCUCAGUGCUGAGGUCCAGCAGUGUCUGAUGAUCAGCAGCGUGUGGGACGCCAUCCGGGCUGUAGACAGCAUGGCAGCUCUGGAUUCUGGACUGAACCAGUCCGGAUGUUCCCACCUCCAGGACUUCCUCAGAGAGACUCUCUGUUUCUGGCACAACAUCAUCAAGGACCGCCUGAGCAGUGACUUUGAGAAGAUCCUGACUCAGCUCCACUGGCCGAUCAUCUCGCCGUCCUCUCAGCCCCUCACCCCCACCUCCGCUAGCCAGGACGUCGACAGUCAGCUGGAGGUGGCGGUGACGCAGCUGCUGGCUCUGCAGACGUCAGAUGACCUCUUAUCUCAGAGGACUUCAGCUUCUCCUCAAAGUCCACCCUCCAACCAGUCUGCAUCUUCGUCCUCCUCUUCCUCCCUCUGUCUGCCCAUCCAGAUCAUGAUGCUGCCGCUCAGCCGGAGGUUCAGAUUUCACUUCCAUGGAAACCGCCAGACCAACUCUCUGAACAAGCCAGAGUGGUACCUCACUCAGGUUCUGAUAUGGAUGGGAAGCAACUCCACGUUCAUGGAUGAGAAGAUCCAGCCUGCCCUGGAAGCAGCUGGUUCCACCAUCAGCGCUCGGGUGGAGCUGUGUCGAGGUCUGGUGGCUCUGGUCCAGGAGAAGGUGGCCAAUGAUGCCGUCAGGUUGCUGUACGACGACGUGCUCUUCUGCCACCUGGUGGAGGAGGUGCUGCAGUUUGAGAAGGAGCUGCGGAGCAACCACUCCUACCCCCCAGCGCUGCCCAGUCUGCUCCACAUCAUGGUGGAGGACGCCGUACUGGAGAAGUGGCUUGCUGUGGAAAAGAAGAUGGCCGUGGAGAAGAUGGACGCCAUGCUGUCCUCCGAGGGAGCGUGGAGCUGUCAGUACAAAGACAUCAGUGACAUGGACGAGCUGAAGGCUCCAGACUGCGCUGAGACCUUCAUGACUCUGCUACAGGUCAUCACUGAGCGGUACCGAGGCCUGCCCUGUCCUGCUGCCCAGCUCAGGUUCCUCAGGCUGCAGACAGAACUGGUCGAUGACUUCCGCAUACGACUCACACAGGUGAUGAAAGUGGAGUCUCGCUGCCCGCUGGGCGUCCGCUACUGUGCCAUCCUCAGUGCAGUCAACUACAUUUCCACCAUCCUGAGAGACUGGGGAGAUGAUGUGUUUUUUCUGCAGCUGCAGCAGGCAGCCGUUUCACUCGGGGAGGAAGUAGUGCUGGGGGGUCUGGGCAUGAUGGAAGUGGGUCGCCUGGCUUCCCUGGAGGGGUCUCUGUUUGACGGUCUGCUGGCACUGCUGGAUCGAUUGAAAGGAGACAUGCUGGGAAGAUUGUUGGAAUUUCUCAUGAAGGAAAUAGCAGAAAAAGCCAAACCUUACUGUCAGGAAAGGUGGUUGUCCCUUCCAUCUCAGCAGGACCAGUCCACCAUGUCCCUGUCCAGCUCAGCGUGUCCCAUGAUGCUUUGUGUGAGAGACAGAUUACUGAAUCUUCAUCAGGUUCUGAGUCUUCCUCUGUUCCAGCUGGCUUGGCAGGGCCUGGCGGAAAGACUCGACAACUUCCUGUAUCAGGAUGUGAUCCUGUCCAACCACUUCAGCGACGGUGGAGCCGCUCAGCUUCAGUUUGACAUGAGCAGAAACCUCUUUCCUCUGUUUGGUCACUACUGCAAGAGACCUGAGAACUUCUUCAAACAACUGAUUUUCAGGCAGACUCUGUUGGAGACCUGGUGGAGAAGCACUUUAGGAGCAAGAUGUUGGCCAUCCUCAGGAACAGUAGUCACCCCCUGCAUGACACUGGUCGUCCAGAAAAGCAGCCACAGGGACCGACUCCUCUCCGUACGCUGCAGGACUGAAAGUCUCAGGAAGUCAUUUAUCCCGGCCGCUAUAAGACUCCACAAUUAAUCAUGUUAAUGUGUACUUUGUUACUAUUGGUGGUAGUUUUGAACUUCUUUUAUUUACUGUUGUCAUGGUGUCAUGUAGUUUUGUAUGGUAGUGAGAGUGCUUGAUUAUGGCAAACAUUGUAUGCUGCUGGACACCUGCAUUUCCCCAUUUGGGGAUGAAU